AUGGCAAGUAAAAUAUUGAUUAGUCGUGCGCAGGUACACGUGCCCGUGACGUGUACUUUGUGUGAUAGCAUCGAAGCAGUAAACUGGUUUUGUAAUGACUGCCAGGAGGUGAUGUGUGACAAAUGUAAGGACGUUCAUCAACGUGGGAAGAAGACACGGAAUGACGACGUUGUACCAAUUCAAGAGGCAGACAAACAAGGCAAGGUACUACUACCAGAGGUAUGUAAGACCCACCCUGGUAAAACAUUAGAACUGUUCUGUAAAGAAUGUCUCGUCGUAAUGUGUUCGAUGUGUUUUACCCAGAAACACAAUCAACACACUGUUGGCCAUAUUGAAGAGGAAAUGGAGUCACAGAAACGGUACGCGCAAGAACAACUGGAAACGUUAAAUUCCAAGUUAUACUACUUUAGUGAUCAUCGUUCAAAGCGCCAUGAAGCAAGCAAAACAUUCAGAGAAAGCCUUGAUGUUGUUCGGAAAGAUGUUCAAGCCCAGGGAUUAAUGUUGAAAGCCGAAAUUGAUUCUAUCGUCACCUCAAUACUGGUGGAGUUGUCAUCUUUGGCUGCUGAGGAAGACGAAUCCUGCAAACAGGAUUGUCAGCCGGAUGAGAAGCAUGUCAAAGAUAUAACACAGCUGAUUGGAGAUAUAGAGCAGAAAGCAGAACAGAUGUCCAGUACAGAAUUGUUUGAGCUGACGGGGAGACUGAGAAAUACUGUACCGCUGUAUGACGUCACUGGGAAGAGUGUACAUGUACCACAACGCACACCAAGCUUGGUAACCGGUCAACUUGAUACAAAGCAGUUGAAAGAAAUGAUUGGAUAUGUUUCCGCCAGGUAUGAGAAGAAGGAAGUCGACAGUCGACAUGUCCUGAAUCUUUCUAUGUUCCGAGUUCCUCAUCAGAAUACAAUAAUCUCAAUUUGUCCUACUGAAGACUCUCAGGCAUGGAUGUCAGUACAUGAAUCUACAGAAUUGAUUAAAGUCAACAAGGAAG